GAAGGCGGCCUCGGUGAUCUCCCGGUAUCCCAUCAAGAUCCGGAGCGGGGCCGAAGCCAAGAAGCUGGAUGGAGUAGGUGCUAAAAUAGCUGAGAAGAUAGAUGAGUUCUUAUCCACUGGAAAACUACGCAAAUUGGAAAAGAUUCGACAAGAUGAUACAAGUGCAUCUAUCAGCCUCCUGACACGAGUUACUGGCAUUGGUCCUGCUGCCGCUAGGAAGUUUGUCGAGGAAGGAAUUAAGACUUUAGAAGAUCUAAGAAAAAAUGAGCACAAGCUGACCCAUCACCAGCAAAUUGGGUUGAAAUACUUUGAAGAUUUUGAGAAAAGAAUCCCAAGGGAAGAAAUGCUGCAAAUGCAGGAAAUUGUGCUGAAAGAGGUGAACAAUCUGGACCCAAACUAUAUUGCUACUGUCUGUGGCAGUUUUAGACGAGGUGCAGAGUCAAGCGGCGAUAUGGAUGUUCUCCUAACCCAUCCAAGUUUCACAUCUGAAUCGUCCAAACAGUCAAAACUUCUGCAUCAAGUUGUAGAACAACUGGAAAAAGUCCGCUUUGUCACAGAUACGCUGUCUAAAGGUGACACCAAAUUCAUGGGAAUAUGUGGGAUGCCUAAAGAAAAAGAUGGAACAGCCUAUCCACAUAGAAGAAUUGAUAUCCGGCUUAUCCCCAAAGAUCAGUAUUACUGUGGUGUACUGUAUUUCACAGGAAGUGAUAUAUUCAAUAAGAACAUGAGAACUCAUGCUCUGGAAAUGGGCUUCACGAUCAAUGAGUACACAAUCCGUCCCUUGGGUGUCACUGGAGUUGCUGGGGAGGCCCUACCAGUAGAAUGUGAAAAAGACAUCUUUGACUAUAUCCAGUGGAAAUAUCGAGAGCCAAAGGAUCGGAGUGAAUAA